ACUGAUCAUUCUUUACACAACUCACCGCAGUAAAUUAAAACCCCAAUCUGAAAAGUAAAAAUGAUAAACAAAAGAGAUAUAUACAAAAUCGAUCCAAUAAUGACAGAGCCACAGAGAAUUUCAACAACCGAUACGACGCCGUUUCUAUCCCCACAGGACCGAGACGGUUACGUUCAUCAAAUCCUCUCUCCAAUCCCCUCUCCCACUCGCCCAAUCCCCUCUUUCUCGAUGUCUUCCUCCUCUCCGUGCCGCUCCGUUUUUCUCGGUAUCGAUGUUGGCACUGGUAGCGCCCGUGCAGGUAAGAGUCUAAGAGGCGCAGUUGAUGGUGACAUUUUUGGUUUGGCAUAGGUCUAUUUGACGAGAGCGGAAAACUCCUAGGUUCUGCUAGUAGCCCGAUUCAAAUCUGGAAGCAAGGCGAUUGUAUUGAGCAAUCUUCUACUGAUAUAUGGCUUGCUGUAUGUUCCGCUGUUAAAUCUGCACGUUCCCUUGCGAAAGUUAAUGCAAAUGAAGUAAAAGGAUUGGGUUUUGCAGCUACUUGUUCCCUCGUUGCUGUCGAUUCCGAUGGUGAACCUGUAACAGUUUCCUGGAGUGGUGAUGCAAGAAGAAAUGUUAUCGUAUGGAUGGAUCAUAGAGCUGUGAACCAAGCUGAGAGGAUUAAUUCCUCUAAUUCACCAGUACUACAGUACUCUGGUGGAGCUGUUUCCCCUGAAAUGCAGCCUCCAAAGCUUCUAUGGGUGAAAGAAAAUCUUCAAGAAUCUUGGUCAAUGGUGUUUAGGUGGAUGGACUUGAGUGAUUGGCUGUCUUACAGAGCAACAGGAGAUGAUACUAGGAGUCUGUGCACCACUGUUUGCAAAUGGACAUAUCUUGGUCAUGCACACAUGGAAGUCAACAAAAAAGAUCUCCGAAAUAUGGAAGCUUGUGGAUGGGAUGAUGAGUUCUGGGAAGAGAUUGGCUUAGGUGAUCUUAUGGAAGCACAUCAUGCCAAAAUAGGAAGAAGUGUGGCUUUCCCUGGUCAUGCUCUAGGCAGCGGUCUCACAGUUGAUGCUGCGAAUGAACUGGAUCUGUUGGCUGGAACACCAGUGGGAACUUCUCUGAUUGAUGCUCACGCUGGUGGUGUUGGUGUUAUGGAAAGUGUGCCUGAAGCAGACUCGAAGUCUGAAGAUAUAGAUGCUGAUACUAUAUGCCAGAGGAUGGUUUUAGUAUGUGGAACAUCAACUUGCCACAUGGCUGUGUCGCGAAGCAAGUUGUUUAUCGCAGGGGUCUGGGGACCGUACUGGUCAGCAAUGGUGCCGGAGUACUGGCUAUCGGAAGGUGGUCAGAGUGCCACUGGAGCCUUAUUGGAUCAUAUAAUUGAAAAUCAUGUUGCUUCUCCACACCUUGCUAAUCGCGCAGCUUCUCAGAGUAUUUCACCUUUUCAGCUUCUAAAUAAGAUACUAGAAUCAUUAAUGCAUGAUCGGGGUUCUCCUUUUCUUGCUGCUUUGACCAGCGACUUACAUGUUCUUCCAGACUUUCAUGGUAACAGGUCUCCUGUUGCAGAUCCAAAAGCUAAAGGAAUGAUAUGUGGAUUAACUCUUGAUUCAAGUGAAAAACAUUUGGCACUUCUAUAUCUUGCAACAGUACAGGGUAUUGCAUAUGGUACACGCCAUAUUGUUGAGCAUUGCAAUGCUCAAGGACACAAAAUUAAUGUGUUACUUGCUUGUGGUGGACUUUCAAAGAAUACCUUGUACAUUCAAGAACAUGCAGAUAUCAUUGGUUACCCUAUCAUUCUUCCACGAGAAAGCGAGUCCGUUCUGUUGGGUGCUGCAAUUCUUGGUUCUGUAGCGGCAAAGAAAUAUUCCAGUCUAAGUGAGGCCAUGAAGGCCUUAAAUGCAGCUGGUCAGGUCAUUCAUCCAUCUACGGACCCAAGAGUGAAGAAGUACCAUGAUGGUAAAUACAGAAUUUACCGUGAACUUUAUCAGCAGCAACUGUCACACCGAGCUAUUAUGGCCGAAGCUCUAUCAUAGGGUCAUUGAGGUAUGAAGGAAACCUCGAGUUAGCGUUGCAAGACAAAGAUGCCCUGCCCUUAAUGAUGAGAUAUUGGUGGUGAUUGCUCCUAUAUGUGAACUUUUACUUUCUUCUCCCAGUCACAGAGUGUAUCUGUUGCUAAUGCCUAAUAGCAUCGAAGAUGAUCAGAUUUUUUUUGUUCUUAUAAUUCUUUGAUCUUUUAAAUCAUAUCUAGAGCUGUACAGUAACAUCAUGUAGUAUAUAAUUACGGGAAACCUGAACAGAAAUUACCAGAUAUGUCCAGUGAUAUUGGUAAAUUUUGAUUAUGCGAA